AUGGAUCUUUUCCCUGAACCUGAUUGUAACACUGAACCUCUACUAGUACCGCUUUUGGUGAGCAGCGACACAUGUCCGACACCGGGACCUUUGGAGCACGCAGAAUUUGUUGUAGCUUCAAGACGAUACGGUAUCGACUUCACAAGACUUGAGGAAAUCCCUGAAGAUACAUCGCCGACCCAUCUCGCCUCAAUCAUCCAGAGUUGGCUCUAUUUCGGCACAAUCGAGGCAUUUGCACACAGUCAUGUGGAUCUAACCGCUUGUGUAAUGCAGGAAGGGGAAUCUCCAUUUGCAUUUCCGGGUGUUGGGUCAUUUAUUUCGUCCAAGGAGAUUUGUCGCUUGCUGAAUAAGGGCGCUAAGGAGACCAACCAGCGCUUCAAGAAUACAAACGGUCCACCAGGGGCAGUUCGACGAUCUUAUGCCAUGGAUGGUCACAUUUCCUUUGUUUGGCACAUUCUUGACGGUUUGGACUCCUUGCCACUAGCAAGAACACACCCUCUCCCCGUCAUACAGCUCUCAAUCCGCAUACUGGUAAUCAUUAUCAUAGGUCUACAGUGGGACCUACUGCAGUUUGAUGGACACGACCGCAAGAUGUAUCAUCCUUUCGAACUAAAACCGGUCCUCCACCCCGCCAAACAACUGCCAUCUUCCGCGGCUCAAGUGUUAUUAGAGCACUUUGAAAAACACGAGUGGUGCCCUUAUAGGAGACGUCAGAUGUGCGAAAAUCACAACUAUGCUAUGGCGUACUACAUGACAAGGCUCGCCAAUCGCUCUCCCCCACAUGUAACACAUGCCGCCUGCUCCGACGAGACUUGUGUCGCAAAUGAUAUUGAUCCAAACAAGUACACAUCUCGCCAUACGAAAGAAGGAUGUUCUUGCCCCCAUGUUCGAGUACCAAGUGGAAAAAUCGAGAAAAUCAUCAAUGAAGGAGGCAUACCACUGGUGAAAAUCAAAGACCAUGACAGCUUCGGACUGCCUGAGAUCGAGAUCGUGAAGUUGACGGAACAUACACCAUACGUGGCCAUAUCUCAUGUUUGGUCUCAUGGACUCGGCAACCCCCACGACAACUCAUUGCCUUGCUGUCAGUUGCGCCGAGUUGCUACUCACAUUGCUGAGCUCCGUGUCGACACCUAUAAAUCAGUUCGUGCUGCAUCUACAGCCAACUCCAGUCAAGCCUAUCACCACGGGGUAGCUUGGGAUCUUUCACGGUUCAGAUUGAGCAGGAAGAACGAGUUGUUCUGGUUGGAUACAUUAUGCGUGCCUGUUGGCCGAGAUGCUGAGACGCGGCGCCUCAAGACUAUGUCGAUCAAUAAGAUGGCAGCAAUAUACGCUAUAGCGAACCAUGUAAUGGUCUUGGACGAUAUGCUCUCAAGAAUCGAUGCUAGCCGAGCAAAAGCCAGUGAAGUUCUGGCUCGCAUCAAUAUCAGCGAUUGGAUGGGAAGAUGCUGGACUCUGCAAGAAGGCGCACUCAACCUUACCUGCCAAGUGAAACUACUAAACAGCACUGGCACCAAUCCCCGUAUGAUCGGCUGUGACUUGGAUUUUCUCUUUGGGCUCCAGAUGUUUCCUGAUUGGUUUCCGGUAAACUGGAUUAGCUAUGGCACUUCCAGAGUCAAGGCCAGAGAUGUAUGGCCUGACUUUGAUUUACGCGUCACAAGUCUCUUCUCACGCCUGCUACGAAGGUCUCAGAUAGGAUUUGAUCAUAUGCUUUUCUUGACCGAAUCUCAAGAGUAUCUUUUUGGAGAGCUCUGGAAGGAGCUGAGUGUGCGUACAACUACUAAACGGAAAGACACUCACAUCAUUCUGGCAAGUUUGCUUCGUUUCAGCGUGCAGAAACUUUGCCAGCUGAGUAACCCCGCUGAUCGUCUAAGCGCUAUUCUUUGGAGCCUCGGAGGAAUCCCAUUCUCAUUCUUCUGCUCUGCAGCCGGACCGAGAGACCGCCCAGAGCAACAUCAUGAAAACCGCUGGUUGCCUCUCUAUCCCAACGCUACCCCAGUACGCAACUACUGGUUAAGGUUUGAUACAGACGAAAUGAAUACUCUACGAGUUCACGGACGCAGGAAAGCGCUGCUAUGUGACCCAAGAGAACUCGCUCAGUGGCCCUCGAGGUCCAUAGCGGUGGGAGUCUGUGGCGAGGAUGGUUUCACAUACAUCUACCGCAUAGAAUUCUAUCGUGAGGAUGAUGAUACGUUUUACCAGGAUCAUAAUGGCCCGAUAUGUAUCAUGCAGGAAGACGACUCGGCCGGAGACAAUGGCGCAGGCGCAUGUUUUCUCACCAGUGCAAUGUCAAUACCCGAGUACGAAUCUCGGAGCAGCUCGGACACGAGAGUAGAUUCAGACAGCGAAGCAGGUGCGGAUAGGUCCGAUGGGCUGCUGGCUACAUUCGACUGCCCAGUGUUCAUUUCUGUGUUGCGACGGGCCCCAUCCAACCCAGCCGAUGCCACCGAAUCUGUGAUUAACACCAAAAAUGAAGCUGAAGCAUUUGCUGCCACAGAUUCUACGAUAGAAGCGAUUUCGGGUGAGUGGAUAGAUGCCAGAAGAAUCCGCAUUCUUUGCAUACUUCGACGAACUCACUAUAACUUCACGAGCAGCGGCGAUAACGAUCCUAAUCAUGGACUGUCUUGGAAAUACUGCAUUGGUAAUGAUAGGAUUCUGGAUUUGGUUAUCCUGGGAAGCAGUGAUACUAGCGCUCAUCACAGUAUAUGCUGUUUCGACGCAAAAGCACCUAGGAUUGUCCAAGCUGGACAUUGGGUUUGUCGCUUUACAUUCAUAUGCGGCUACCGAGAUGUUUAUAGGUAA